AUGUGGCUUCUCCCGCGGGCCCUGCGCCGCGCGGCGCGGUGGCCAUGGCCGCUACCGCCGCGCCGCCCGCUUAGCGCCGGGCCUCGCCUGGACGAGCUGUUCGCCGCGCCGUCCGUGCGCCGCCUCCUGGAGGAGAGGGCGCGGGGCGGCGCCGGGGCGGGGUCCGAGCUGGCGGCGCGGAUCCGGCGGCUGCACGACAAGGAGCGAGAGCUGCGCGACACGCAGGAGCUGGCGCGGCAAGAUGAAAGUGAAGAUUUGCGGAAGCUUGCUGAACGGGAAGUCAUUUCCUGUCAAGAAGAGAUAGCUGAACUGAAACACCAGAUAGUAUUGCUUUUGAUUCCUUCAGAAGAAACAGACAACAGUGAUCUUGUCAUGGAAGUAACUGCUGGAGUUGGAGGACAGGAAGCCAUGUUGUUCACUUCAGAGAUAUUUAAUAUGUAUCAACGAUAUGCUGCCUAUAGAAAGUGGAGAUUUGAAAUACUAGAAUACUUUCCCAGUGAACUAGGUGGCUUAAGGCAUGCAGUUGCCAGUAUAGCUGGUCUUGAUGCCUACAAACGCAUGAAAUUUGAAGGAGGAGUGCAUCGUGUUCAGCGGGUGCCAAAGACGGAAAAGCAAGGACGCAUUCACACCAGCACCAUGACUGUUGCAAUAUUACCCCAACCCACCAAGAUGAGGCUGAAAAUUAAUCCAAAAGAUCUACGAAUAGACACUAAGCGAGCUAGUGGAGCUGGUGGCCAGCAUGUCAAUACCACAGACAGCGCUGUACGGAUAGUUCAUAUUCCAACAGGGAUCGUAUCUGAAUGUCAGCAAGAAAGGUCUCAAAUAAGAAACAAAGAGAAGGCUAUGCAAAUGCUUUCUGCCAAAUUAUACAGUCUCAAAAUGGAAGAAGAAAACAAAAAGCGAAACAGUGCCCGAAAGGUUCAGAUUGGCACUAAAGGAAGAUCGGAGAAGAUCAGAACAUACAACUUUCCGCAGGACCGGAUUACUGACCACAGGAUAAGCAGAUCUGUGCAUCAUAUUGAAUGCUUCAUGUUAGGGGAAGACAUGCUAGAUGAAAUGAUACAGUCCCUGAGAGAAUAUGCUGAUUAUGAAUCUUUAAUGGAAAUUAUUUCAGAAAGUGAAAAAAUAAAUCCAACCUGAACCUUGCUCAUUGUCAGACCAUAUUGCAACAGAUACAGGCACUUGUGUGCCAAAGAGCUUGUUGGAGCACUGUCUAGAAGAUGGAACUGCUUUUUAGAUCAUGAAAGGCAACAUAAUGUGUUUCCUCAUAAUCGAUAAACAGUUUUCUUACUUGCUGAGUAGAAGACUUUAUAUGAGACAUUAUUGCUGCAGGGAUACACUUAAAAAGUAAACGUGACUGG